AUGUCGAAUUCAGAGAUUAAACACGGUAAAAGAGAGCAUCGCCUUGCUGCUUGCGACCAAUUACGGAAAGUACUGCUUCGAGCCGAUAAUGUCACGAAAAUUGGAUGUGAUUGGAAAGAAUUGGCCGAGAAUUUCUUGGCUGUUCUAUUUUCCCGCGUAUAUCCGGAAAUAAGGCGCGCGGUCUCUGAAUGUUUUGGUGCGCUGGGAUGUCUCAUGGCUCCGCAGUAUAACGAGUUUCUGAAAGUGAUUUUUGAUGAGGUGAAGCCAUUGCAAGAGAAGAAUGAAGGAGACAAAGCAGCAGUUUUGAAUGCUGUUGCCGCAUCGCUAAAUUUCAUUGGGAAAAACUCAUGGCAGCCACGAAUCAAACCACAAGAUGUUGAGGCUGUUAUGGCUGCUAUGAAAAGUUGGCUGGAACGAAUCGUGUCCCCCGUUGUUUUGGUAUCAAUAUUGGAAAUUUGCUUGGCCGUUGCGCAGUAUUUUCCGGCUGUUUUCAAGCAGAGUUUUGACCCAUUGCAAGAGAAGAAUGAAGGAGACAAAGCAGCUGUUUUGAAUGCUAUUGCCGCAUCGCUAAAUUUCAUUGGAAAAAACUCAUGGCAGCCGCGAAUCAAACCACAAGAUGUUGAGGAUAUUGUUGACUUUACGGUGGGUUGGUAUAUUGAGCCGGAGCAGCCAGAUUUAGUGUUUGAUAUAUGUCAUCGCGCAUUGAUUGCGUUUGUGCCAUUUUGGCGUGAAUCAGUGCCAUCGGCCCUGACGUUGAUGAAGCAUUUCUUGGAGGACGCUUCUGCUUAUGUUGAGGUAUUCUAUUUUUGCUUUUUUCACUUAGUUCCUUUCUUACGCAUUUCUCCAUCAGUUGGUAUUUGGAUCAGUUGGUACAGCUGCAUCCAACAUGUGGGAGCAUCGCAAUAA